CAACCACUUUUCUCUCUGUUUUAUCCCCACCUUUCUUCUUCUUUCUCUGAGCUUCUUUAUUUAGCUUUGAUUGCUUUCUUCUCUCUCAAAUUAUAUACACAUUUUUUAGCUAUGAAGGCUGCUGGUAGAGCAUUGCUUGUGAUGAUGAUGAUGAUUAUGAUCACCUUCGCCUUCGUCUCCAACAUUGUUACGGCAGAUUCUGAUAUGGAACAAGAUGUUUGCGUUGCUGAUCUCAAAUCAGGUGUGAAGGUGAACGGAUAUCCAUGCAAGAAAAACAUAACAGCAGAGGACUUUUUCUUUAGUGGGCUGGCCAAACCAGGGCUCACAAACACCACAAUGGGUUCACUGGUGACUGCAGCCAAUGUCCAGAAAAUCCCAGGGCUCAACACCCUGGGAGUGUCCCUGUCGCGCAUCGACUACGCCCCGGGCGGCCUGAACCCGCCUCACACCCACCCACGCGCCACCGAGGUGGUGUUCGUGCUCAACGGGGAAUUGGAUGUGGGGUUCAUAACAACAGCCGAUGUGCUCCAUUCCAAGUCCAUCAAGAAAGGUGAAAUAUUUGUGUUUCCUAAAGGUCUAGUCCACUUCCAGAAGAACAAUGGCAAGUCUCCUGCAGCCGUCAUCUCCGCCUUCAACAGCCAGUUGCCCGGCACCCAGUCCAUCCCCGUCACGUUGUUCGCGGCGGCACCGCCGGUGCCGGAUGAUGUGCUGACAAAGGCGUUCCAGGUUGGUACCAAGGAGGUUAACAAGAUCAAGUCAAAGUUUGCACCUAAGAAGUAGAUAAUUCAUGUGGUAAUUGUUGCCUGUUGGAUAAGGAUAUAUAUAUGACUUUUUAUUUGGAAAUUCCAAAAUAAGAGGAAAAAACCAAAUUUCGCUUUGUACACUAGGUCAUCAUCAUGUAUUUGUCUCACCUAUAUGAAAUGUUGACAGAGGAGUGAUGUAAACACAGGACAAAAUAAGAAUUUAUAUGACAAUAUAUACAAUCUUCUACAUUUGCAUGUGAGA